CUUAAAAUGGAGGGCAGAUAUGCAAUAUUAGAUUAGGGAAGGGAGAGCAGCAAAGCAAAUGCUGAAUAUUAAAGACAGUACUGUAGCAGAAUCUAAAGUGCUAAGAGCCCCCAGAGGGUGUUUCCCAAGCCAACUAAAUGGGAAUGCUGAAGAUUAAAUGCAGCUCAAUACGCCUGUGCACAGCACAUCUGUAUCAGCAGCAAAGGAAUCCUCAGUUGCAUUGAUACAUAUCCCCAGGUUUGUGACUGUAAAACGCUGAGAUCUCAUUUUAAUAAAAAAGCUGAAGUUCUCGCAGACUAAAGGCAUCAUUAAGAGUCUCCUUGGUUAACAUUUUUGCAUCCACAGCCAUAUUUGAUGUGUCUUGAGACUGAAGGAUGCUACAGAGUGAGAGCUUUGCGACUCAGAAGGAUCGGAAUGUGUUAACAUAUGUGGAAAAAGGUGCAUCCCGGAUUUUGAUGGACACUUAUGGAAGCGUUCAGAAUGGAGGCUAUCGCUCUACUGUCUUUGGUGAUGAAGAUGAUGAUGGCUUGUCUAUAAAUUCCAGUAGUGGUUACAGCCCCGAUUGCAGAGGGAACUAUUUCAAGGAUGGGAUAACAAAAAUUGAUUUUGUACUGGUCUGGGAAGUGAGGAAAACAACACCGAAGAAGCAGAGGGGGCAAUGCAAGUAUCAGGAAAUGGGAAAAGAAGAGAAGGAUGUGAUGAAGGUGAACCUGCUGGACAAGCAUGAGAAAUGGAGGAACAAAUUCAUGAAGAAUUUACAGAAUGUAGGACUCUUGAUGGAGAAGGAUGAGACUGUUAGUGAGAAGAAGAGCAUCCAUUACAUGAAGCUGAGUGCUCCCUGGGAUGUGCUGGGGUACUACGCCGAAGAGUUGUGUAUGCGAGCACCUCUGCAGGCACAGCCUAAUCCCUGCCUGAAUUCGUCUGAGGAAAUCCUGAGGAAGCUUGGUGUCCCAAACAUCCUGUCUGAGCAUGUUGCCAACCGGCCUGUAGACUACUACACCUGUGCCUUCCGCAAAUCUAAGCUCGAUAAGUUUCUGGGAAGUGACAGUCAUGAGACCUACUUCACCAACACGCAGCGGCACCGGAUUGUGUACGAAAUUCUAGCUACAACAAUCUAUGGAAAAAGAAAAAGAGCAGAAAUUGGAAUUGAUCGCUUGCUAAAUGAAAGAGUCUUUGCUUCAGCCUUUCCACUCCAUGAGGGCCCGUUUGAAUUGCCGGAGUAUGAAGUGCUUCCAGAAGAUCUGAACCCACGACAAAUUCUGUAUAAGUAUUGGGCUCGCUGGUCCAAAUGGUACAAGUAUCAACCACUUGAUCACAUCAGAGAGUACUUUGGAGAAAAGAUUGCCAUUUACUUUGCUUGGCUGGGUUUUUACACUGCUUGGCUUCUCCCUGCUGCUCUGGUUGGAACAUUUGUUUUCAUCUCUGGGUUGAUGUCAAUGAAUACAAACAAGUCGGCAGAGCAGAUUUGCAACGUCAGCACCCAGUACCUCAUGUGUCCCCUCUGUAAUACCUGUGACACCUGGAAUAUCUCUGAGAUCUGUUCUAUGGCUAAACUGGGUUAUCUUUUUGACCAUCCAGGCACAGUCUUCUUUAGCAUCUUCAUGUCUUUCUGGGCCGUGACCUUCCUGGAGUACUGGAAACGGAAGAAUGCUACUCUGGCACAUCACUGGGACUGCAUGAACUUUGAAGAGGAUGAGGAGCGCCCUCGGCCUGAGUUUGCCGCAAUGGCACCAAGAAUGGAACAGAAUCCAGUCACUGGGAUCAAGGAGCCGUACUUUCCUGAGAAAGAUCGUAUGUCCCGCAUCAUCACGGGGUCCAUGGUUAUAAUAGUUAUGCUCUUUGUAGUGAUGAUCUUCCUGGUGACAGUCAUCAUGUACCGUGGGAUUAUCAGUGUAAUGAUGUACCACACAGGCAAUCCCAUUCUAAUGACCCAGGCUGGAAACAUUGCAAACAUCAGUGGCUCCAUGGUUAACCUUGUACUCAUCCUGCUGAUGGGCCAGAUCUACACUUCACUUGCCGAAAAACUCACUAGAUGGGAGAUGCAUCGCACACAGACUCAAUUUGAGGAUGCCUUCACCUUUAAAGUCUUUGUGUUCCAGUUUGUGAACUUCUACUCCUCCCCAUUCUACGUGGCUUUUGUGAAAGGACGGUUUGUGGGAUAUCCAGGACAUUAUGGCAAGCUAUUUGGGAUGAGGAAUGAAGAUUGCGGCCCAGGUGGGUGUCUCAUCGAACUUGCUCAGCAACUCUUCAUCAUAAUGGUGGGGAAGCAGAUCAUCAACAACAUUCAAGAGUUUGUUAUCCCGAAGCUGAAGGCCUGGUGGCAGAAGCGGAAAUUGGCUAUCGUCAGGGGUUCCCAGAUCUGUCAGGAGCCUAAGCGAUGGGAGGACGACUAUGAACUCAUUAAUUCUGAGGGACUGUUUGAAGAGUAUCUAGAAAUGGUGCUGCAGUUUGGCUUCAUCACUAUCUUUGUGGCAGCCUUUCCGCUGGCCCCUCUCUUUGCCAUGCUCAACAACUGGGUGGAGAUCCGGCUGGAUGCUCAGAAGUUUGUGUGUGAAUACCGGAGACCGGUGGCUGAGCGUGCUCAGAACAUCGGGGUCUGGUUCAACAUUCUAGAAGCACUGGCUCAGCUCUCAGUAAUCGUCAACGCUUUCCUGAUUGCGUUUACAUCUGAAUUCCUGCCCCGUCUACUCUAUCAGUUUGAACACGAUGGCAGCCUGGAUGGUUAUGUGAACUUCACCCUGGCAUAUGCUCCCUACAGCUAUGUGAGCAGCAACUACACUUUAUGUAGGUAUAAAGCAUUCCGUGAUCAAGAUGGGAAUCUGACUUUGUUCUAUUGGAAGCUGCUGGCUGUUCAACUUGGAUUCAUCAUUGCCUUUGAGCAUGUAGUCUUUUUCAUCCUCCGUCUAAUUGACUGGAUGGUGCUGGACAUCCCAGAGUCGCUGGAGGUGAAAAUAAAACGGGAGCGGUACCUCGCCAAGCAGGCGUUGGCAGAUAACCAGGACAUUUUUCUGUCGGAAAUGGUAUAUCCUGCAGUACCCUAAGCCUGUAAGUGGCAGCUUGGCCUUGACUCAGGACGAAGGAGCUUAUUGGCUGAAUGCCCUAUUACACAGCCAGCCGGAGUCUCCCCACGGUGGGAGACGCAAAGAUGAUGUUGAUUUGCUGAGAUGUCAGUGCUUUUGGUU